AUGUUCUCUGGAUUUGGUGGCGUGUUUGGCGGCGGCUUUGGCAUCCCCGCUGCCUCAAAUAAGUUCGAGGAGCACUUUCGAUGCUACCCCGUGCUGAUGAUGGGAGACGGCAUUCGUAAGGAUGACGCCAACUUCGGUGGCAAGAUCUUCUUGCCGUCGCUGGCGUUGAACAAGUUGACGAUGCUCCACAUCCGGUACCCCAUGCUUUUCGAAUUGACCAACGAAGCUACAAAUACCCGCACCCAUCUGGGGGUGCUUGAAUUCGUUGCCGAGGAAGGGCGAGCCUACAUUCCUCAGUGGAUGAUGGAAACAUUGGGACUUAACCCCGGUCAAAUCGUGAAGAUUGCCAACUGCGACUUGCCGCUAGGGCGGUUCGUCAAGAUUGAACCCCAGCUGGUGGACUUUUUGGACAUCAGUGACCCCAAGGCGGUGUUGGAAAACGUGUUGCGUAAGUUCUCCACAUUGACGGUGAAUGAUGUCAUUGAAAUCAACUAUAACGACCAGAGCUACGGUAUAAAAGUGCUUGAAGUGAAACCCGAUGAGUCGAGUCACGGGAUUUGUGUGGUGGAAACCGAUUUGGAGACUGACUUUGCCCCUCCCGUGGGUUACGUGGAACCCGACUAUAAGCUGACGCUGGUAUCGAAGCUGGCAACCCCAGCCCCCAUUGACCCGUCUAAAGUGAACCGCGGGGCGGGGGCCGCCACCAUGGCCAAGCUGAUUAACUACGCUAACUUGGUGUCUAACGGUAAUAAGUUCCUGGGGUCAGGACAAAAGCUUUCCGGUAAAGCUGUGGACCCUAACCAAGGUAAGAAGGUGCUGGUGGACGACUUGGACCCCGAUGCCCCAGCAGUGCCGCUUGACCUUCCUCCCAACCAAUUAUUCUUUGGGUUCCCCGUGGUGCUCCCGACGCCGUCGCCCACUGACGACGAACAACCCCAGGCGACGCGGCGGUUCGAAGGCAGUGGCCAGCUGCUUCGCCAGAGCCGCAAACGCAAGGGUCAGAACGACAACUUGCCACUGCCCAAGGCACAAAAGCUGCCGCCAGAAUACAUUGAGAUCGAUUAA